UUGCAGCAGUGCAGGAGAGGGGCCUCGGGAGGGGAUGUAUGGUCACUAAUUGAAUUUUUUCUUUUAAUAUUGUUGUGCAGUGGUAUCUAUGUAACAGGUGCUUUCUUUUUCUAAUUCUAUCCAGCUGCAUGCCUUCAUUGUGAUGGAAUAUGCAAGUGGAGGAAGCCUACAAGAUCAUCUCAACAACAGAGGCUAUCUGGACAUGGACUCCGUACUGUUCUACGCAGCUGAGAUGGUGUGCGGCCUGCAGUUUCUGCACUCUGAAGGAACCAUCCAUCGAGACUUCAAACCGGAAAACAUUCUGUUCAGCAACAAGGGACACAUCAAGAUUGCUGACUUUGGAUUGGCUGCUGAGAACGUAUUUGGCAACAAAACCAUCUCAGGAUCAAUUGGGACAUUGCACAACAUGGCCCCAGAGAUGAUCCAGUGUCACAUCUACAAUUCAGCAGUAGACUGGUGGGCUUUUGGGAUUGUCUUGUGCAAAAUGGCCACUGGAAGAUCACCUUUUUAUGAAGGCAGUAAAGCAGAGAAAUGCAUCCAUUUUAUCCUCAAUUGCCAGCCCAGCUAUUCAGAACAGCUCAGUACAGAACUGCAAGAUCUUCUGGAAAAGCUCCUAAAGAAGAAGCCAUACAAGCGGCUUGGGUUCAAGGGGGAUAUAAGGAGACACCCCUUUUUCAAAUCCAUCAACUGGAUCAAAGUAGAAAGACAAAAUGUUGAACCACCUUUCCAGCCAGAACCUCAACCAAAUCCUGACGUGAGCAUUCCAGCAAGUGCCUUAGAGGUCCUCAACAUUGACAAGGCCUCAACUCACAGCUACAUUCUUCAGGAUUUCACAUAUCUGAGUCCCAGCUGGCAGGCAUAAGCCCACUCACUACAACUGUGGGAGAGGAUACAUCAACUCGAAGUUCAGUUCCCAUCCAACUGGAAAACAUCUUAAUUUGUUCAAAAGCACACCCGUCUGCUGUAUGAAUUCACAGGUCGAUUUGCAGCUCUACCAUCAGCUUCACCUGAUGCAUCGUUGCUACAUAAAGAUCAGCAGCCAACUCCACAAGUCAUCAGUCCCACCAUGAAAUCCAUCUUUGGAACUACCAUCAAGUCCAUCUUGCAUUUCCAUCAAAGCUACUUCAUCACCUUUACUUCCAUCUCCAUCUGUGAAAAUCACCAGAACUACCAUCAGCUUCGACUGUCCCUUCAACGGAUUACUGGCUCUACUUCUUCAGGUGAAAACAUUGGGUCUGGCCUACCAUCAGUUGUAUCUCUGUAUGGACUUACUAAGCUACCCUCUCUAACCCUGAUAUAAAUGUGUAAGUAUUUUUAAAUGGUGGUAAGUAUUUUAAAUUGAUUAAAAGAGCUGGGAUCCUUUGGUUAUAUAAGUUUUGGCUAAAUGAUAUAACUAAAGGGCUCUUAUAAAACAGAUAGUAUAAAAUCAAACUAGACUUAGGGUAAUAGUAGAAAUAUAAAUGCAGAGGAUAGUUACAAAAGGAUAAUAAGGUAAAACUAAGGCUGGAAUUUAAAUAAUAUCAAAUAUAUAACUAAUAAGAAAUAAUAUAAAUAUAU